CCGCAGUCUACGGUCUGCGCUGCCAACACCAGACAGGAUCCCCCUUCCUGAUCUUGCACCCACUACGAUUACAGCCCUUCAAGCAGGGAGGACGAUAUAGACAGUGACAUGAGUCAACGGUCCAUUCUCAGUUUCCUUACCCCAUUGUCUGGCGAGGGGGACUCAGCCAAGACACCUGCAGAACCACAGCACAGCCGUCAUGACAGUGAUCUCGGUGCUUCCGAAACACAACAUAACUACAUGGAAACAUCAAGUUUGGAACUGGAUGAAAUUGAAUUCUCCUCAGACACAGAUGGUAGCUCCAGUGGAGAUGAAAACGAAGAAGGACCUGUGCCGGGCAACAAACAAAGAGUUUCAUUCCCCAGACUCAGUAUUUCAAAAAUUAAAAUCAACAGGAAAGACGAAAGCAAGACAGCAGAAGAGAUUAUUUCAAACAUUACAAGGCAGGCAAGAAAAAGGAAAAGGAAACAUGGGGGAGGAACGCCUAGAAAGAAGAGAAGGGGCACAGAUGGACCAAUAGAUCCUCAAGUGCAGCAGGCACCUGAUGUCCAGAGAGAGAGUGUCAUCUCUCAAGGUGUCCCUAAUACUUCUGAAUCACAGUCAACAGACGGGGACAACAAUGGACCUGGUACACCGCAGCACUCAGUUUUGGAUCCAGCUAAAGCUGAUCCGAAGGCAACAUUGGAGGAGCUGUUUUUGAACGAAAGUGUGACUGUCAGAUUACAAGAACAUGAAUCUGGCUUUCACGUUAAGCUGUUUGAGUGCACAACACCCAUACAGUGUCAAAUGUCACAUGCCAUCGAGUCUAUCAUAGAACCAAGGCAAUUACAACAUGUUAAUCAAAGAAUAAGUUACAUGAUUUUCUUUUACAGAGACAGGGAUGGUCCAGAAAUAUUUGCUGCUGUAUCAGGAAUGGCUUACUUACAUGUUCAUCAGAGAAGCUGUCCAGAAUUUCCAAGGAAAAUAGCAAGACGACUUCUGGAGCCAACAACAAUUCAGCUGGAUACAAGGAAUGUGACGGGAGACACGUCACAAGUCACGAAACGAUACAUUCCAGAGAGAGGAGGAACCAUCAACAUUUGGGAUGUCAUAGACGUGGUUGUCCACAAGUACACUGCUAACCUAAAAGAGCAGGCAUCAAUCCUCAAGUUCUGCAACACUUGGAAAAACAAACGCCCAUCAAUUGCAAUUAAAAAACUUUCUAUUGAGGUUAUGACAAGAUUUCCAAACAUAUUUGACAUGCAGGAAAUAAUUUCUCAUUUUGCAACUAUUGACAGAAAUGAGCCCACAUACCAGUUUGGUUCCAGUCAAAGAAAAGAUGAAGAAAAAGAUGACGAAACAUUUGCAAUGUUUGACUUGAUGCAGGAAGAACACAACAAGGAGACAAUCAAGAGGCUUCAAGAAAACUUGUACAUAAGAAUCAACAGAUAUCUCAAGAACAAAUCUGAAGAGUGCAUCCAGCUUUCUUGUGAUGAUCUUGAUCUCUGGCUUAAAGCAAGUGAGUAUAGGCUUUUCCUAGACACAAAAUCAAAGAGGUCUCCCAUAAAAACAUGGAAAGAGAGUCCACCAAAAUUCAGAGAUGUCUUACGGGCCUUAAGAAACAAUAUCCCGUUAAACGAGGUUUCUGGAAAAAUGCUGCAUUCUCGUGUAAAGAUGUCUCUGCACAAUGCUGAUGAAGCACUAUGCCCAAAGAAACCCAUCACCAGCUUCAUCCAAUCAAAUUUCGCAUCUUCUCCCUCCAAACCUUACUACUUUUGGUGUGGGAAAUGGCUAAAAAUACAAGUUGAAUAUUUCCAAAUGCUGGAUGAAAGUUUCAACUCUGUCAUAAAAGAACAAACAAUCACCUCAGCAGGUUUGAUGCCAUUGCCUUGGGUUCAUUCACAAGCAGGGAAAGCGUCUGUCAAACUGACAACAAAGAGAUUUUCACUGGAUUCUCUUCAUGAGUUUCUGACUGAUUUCCUCCCUAGCAAGGAAGUGGUCUUGGACCUACAGGAAACCAAGAAGCUAUUGAGGUCUGAAGGUGAAGUUAAAGAGGUUAAAGGUGGCAUAGUGUGCUCUUAUCAACCAAGAGAUAAUGAACAUGAUGAAGACCCAUUGAAAUCAUGUGUACAAUUAUUUCUCAGAAUGAACACACCUCUUACGGAAGGUAUGUACAAUGACACUUACAUCCUUUUGGACAAAAUCAUCAGAAUGACAGUAAAGCCAUUACAGACUGGCUUCCUAGUUGGAGACCGAAUGCUCAUGAAAAACAUAGAAAUGUUUGAUACAAUCAUGUACAAUCAGACACACACGUACAUCAUCCAUGUCAAGGAAGGUUUUGACAACAACACAAGAGUCGUCGCAUCUCAGAUUCGAAACUCUGCAGAUAUCCUCUUCAGGGCACUGACUAGUCACAUGACCAAAACUGUUCUUGAUGAAAUGUGGGACCGCUUCACAAGAGAGAAAACAAAGGAAUCAGGUAUAAAAUCUCAAUACACCCUUGGAGAACUAGCAAAGAAUCAGCGUGCAAUGAAAUCAAAGCUAGAAGAGAUGAAAAAAGAGGGGUUCAUGAGGCUCUUUAAAGAAAGAGAGAUUGUUUAUGUUUUGGCGGCAAGGGACAAGUCAGAAGAUAGGACAAUGGAAACUGCUGAUGCAUUGAUGACACAGGUUCGGAGUGAAUUUCCUAUGACAUGUGAGAAGAUCUUGCAAAGUCUUGAGGCAAAAAUGUACGUGCAGAAGAAACAAACUCAUCAUGUGGUCACAGAUAGGUUUAGAUAUGUGAAUCAAAAAAACUUUCUCAAAGAUAUGACGGGCGAUACCCUGGCAGAACCAACCAGUCAGGACAAAGAAGGGAGAAAAUUCAUGGCAGCAGCAGAAUUGAUUCCGGCUGCUUCAAGCACAGAACUGCAAAGUCUUCAACAGAUGAAUUGA